UUAACUAUGACACUUCCUAUACUGAUGAAGCUUUAAAAAUGUACUUGCAGCUUUUCUUCCCAUUUAGUGUUUGUGUUUUCCCAAGUUUAACUUGGGUGACAUGAUCCAAUUGAUGGAUUUUGGAGCAAAAUCAUCUUCUGGCCCUCAUAAAUUUAAGAAAUGGUGAAGUUCAGGAAAUGCAUCCAGAAAUGCCUCAUUUAUGUAUGUGCAAAAGAGGGGUCUUGUGGGAAGCCGGGUCAUUACAUGUUUAUCAGUCAGUGAGAGUGAACCGCGAACGUGAUGAGGGAAGAUAGUAGUUGGAUGACUUGUGGUUGACGGAGUGAGAGAUAGAAAGAGGAACAGUGUGACGAAAUAGAAAGCUUCGCUGGAAGACCAACAUGUUGGGAGAAUUUUGAUCAAACUGCCACAAAAGAAGAAAAAAGAACAAGAUGGACGAGAACCCAGCUGUUCAUCAGGAAAUGGUCACGACGCCAGAGGAACAGCCUCGUUCUGAUGAGCCAAAUCCAAUGGGCUGCAACAAGUACUGCAGUCUCUUAUUGGUCCUCUUUGCCUUCUCUCUCUUUUCAACUACGUUAGGUUUGGCUAUCUAUUCCCACCUGCAAAAGGAAUCACAAUGGAAAUCAGCUGCACCUCCUUGCCUUUCUCCCGCCUGUCUAAGGGCAUCAGAGCAUUUUUCUCUUGACAUGGAUCCCUUUUCUCGCCCUUGUGACUACUUCCUAUAUGCCUGUGGAGCAGGUGGAUCUUCCACCAACAAGGGGAGACUCAGUGGGUUCUCCAAUGAAGACAAUGGGGAACCGGACAAAAAACGAGAAGUGAGCAUGGGUGGAUUAGUGAGGAUGAGAAGAGAGGCAGAUGUUCACGUUAAAAGUGAUGGACGGCUAGAUAAAUUUCCAGACAGACAGAUUGCUUUACUGAAAGCCAUUAAAGAAAUACUAGAGUCUCCAGAGGAGGGUGUUUCUAUGAGUGCUGCAGAACAGAAAGCAAAGAAAUUCUUCAAGACUUGCAUGGAUGCAGAAUCCCAAGAGAAAGUGGGUCCAGAACGCUUCCUCACACUACUCCAGCAGUUGGGUGGCUGGGCAGUAUCAGGUGAAUGGAAUCAGAAAGAUUUUAACGCCACCCUCGCCCUGCUGAUGAGCCAGUACUCCACAUUUCCUUUCUUCAGUGUGUAUGUAGGGCCAGACCCUGGUGAAGAGCAAAAUGCUUCCAAUAAACAGUACAUACAGAUUGAUGAGCCUCAUUUUCAAUUCCCUAUUGACUGGAAUAGCAAGACACAUAAAUCCAAAGCUAGUACUCGGUAUUUGCGUCCAUUCUAUUCGUCCUGUGGUCAGUAUUUGGCUCUCUUGGGUGUUCCCUCCAAUGGAACCACUCAGCACUGUGGUCUUUACAUAUCUCUGUCCACAACUCUCGCUGUGGCCACAUCACCUCUUCACUACCGCCUCAGUCAGAAGUUGCUCUACCACAGAAUUACCAUCCAAGAGCUACAGACUCGGGCUUCAGCCAUUGAUUGGCUUGCUUGCCUACAAGCCAUAUUUCAGCCUCUUCCUAUCAGCCAAUCAGAUAUUGUUUUAGUCCACAAUCUCCCGUACAUUAUCCACAUGUCCCAGACAAUCAGCCAGUGGCAAUUCCAGCAUGAGAUUAUGGGCACUGGUCCUCUUCACACAUACAUGAUCUUUAGUCUUUUGCAAACACUCAUACCUUCGCUGGACUCGAGGUUCUUCCAAACAAUGAGAAACUAUUCAAUUGUGACUGGAGACAUGCAGGAGGAGAUGCCACACUGGUGGCGAUGUGUUCAGCAGACCGAGAGAGGAUUUGAUGUCUUACUCAGUCAUGUAAUUAGAGAACGCCAUGCACAGAAAGAGGCUGAAGAGUUGAUUCAUGAUGUUUAUUCAUCCCUCAAGAAGAAACUAACAGAUCUUAGCUGGAGGGACAAAACAACAUCAGGCUUUAUUUUGAAUAAGAUAAAAUCUUUUAAUCCAAGACUCUCCACUAAAACAAAUAAUCUCAAUCAUACAGAAAUCAACCUUCUCUAUGCAGAGAUGGUUUUGAAAGAGGAGGAUUUUUUCUCCAACUACCUGCAGAUGCUGGUGCUGGAGCAGAAGAGCAGGUACAGACUGCUCUCACACGGCACAUGGACUGAAGGUUUGUCUAUCACUCCAUCCAUCUCUGGUAAUGACAUCAUCAUCCCUGUUGGAAUGUUUGUUUUGCCUUUCUUCCAUUCUUCAUAUCCCAGGGCACUGAAUUAUGGGACACUGGGAUCUCUGAUGGCUAAAGAUCUUCUCCACCUUCUGCUUCCUGAUAUCCGCACACAGGCCGACAACCCAGAGUCUGAGAGUAUGUGUGUGUGGUCUCAUUAUCUAAGUAUGACCAAGGGUCCGGGACAGGCUGGCACAUUCUCCCUUCCCCCCUCUAAACAGCAGGAGGUUUGGGUGCAGUACUCUGCUCUACAGGUGGCACUGGAUGCUUAUAAGAUGAGUUUCAAAAGGCAUCCAAUAGACUCAUCACUAUCAGGCCUCUCUUACAUUCACCUGUUCCUCUCAUCCUUUACUAAGGUAACGUGUGACGCUGACUCCUACCGCGAGUUCAUGCCCUUUGAACCUUCCUUCCUGGUGACUGUCCUGUGUUCGAACUCAAGCUUCUGCCCCAAACCGCUGACCUGCCUGAAUAAAUCUCAGAGUUUUCCUCAUGAGAUGUGUCAGAGUUGAUCACUGCACUGAAUCUGCGAGGAACACAUCUCCACUGAGACCUGUUGGAGCUGGUUUGGGACUAUUGAACCAUUGGAGCUGCUCAAUGUUUAGUGAAAAUAGGAGAAAGUCAUUCCAGAGAUCAUUAAACUUUUUAUAUUCACUGGAUAAGUAAUGGGUUUAGAAAUGUCACAUACAGUAUCUCACAAAAGUGAGUACACCCCUCACAUUUCAGCAACCAUUUUAUUAUGUUCUCAAGGGACAAUAUUAUAGAAAUGAAACUAGAGUAGACAAUGUGCAGCUUGUAUAGCAGUACAGAUUUACUGUCUAAAAAUAACUCAACAUACAGCCAUUAUUGUCCAAAUAACUGGCAACAAAAGUGAGUACACCCUAAGUGAACAUGUCAAAACUGUCCAAAGUGUCAAUAUUUUGUGUGAGCACCAUUGAUAUUUAGCACUGCCUUGAUCCUCUUGGGCAUGGAAUUCACCAGAGUUGUUGCUGGGAUCCUCUUCCACUCCUCCAUAACAUCACGGAGCUGCUGGAUGUUAGACACGUGGUGCUUCUCCACCUUCCGCUUGAGGAUGCCCCACAGGUGCUUAAUAGGGUUCAGGUCUGGAGACAUACUUGGCCACUCCAUCACCUUCACCUUCAGCUUCCUCAGCAAGGCAGUUGGCAUCUUGGCGGUGUGUUUGGGGUCAUUAUCAUGCCGUUCGGCCCAGUUUCUGCAGGGAGCAUCAUGUUCUGCUUCAGAAUGUCACAGUAUAUGUUGGAAUCCAUGUUUCCCUCAAUGACGCGCAGCUCCCCAGUACCAGCAGCAAUCAUGCAGCCCCAGACCAUGAUGCUACCACCACCAUGCUUGACUGUAGACAAGACACAAUUUUCUUGGUACUCCUCACCAGGGCGUCGCCACACAUGCUGGAUACCAUCUGAGCCAAACAAGUUUAUCUUGGUCUCAUCAGACCACAGGACAUGGUUCCAGUAAUUCAUGCUCUUGGAGAGGUUGUCUUCAGCAAACUGUUUACGGGCUUUCUUGUGAGCCAGCUUCAGAAGAGGCUUCUUUCUGGGACGACGGCCAUGCAAACCAACUUAUUGCAGUGUGUGGCGUAUGGUCAAUGCUGGCAGCACUCAUGCAUCUGUUUUUUGAAGCCAGCUUCUGCACCUGACGCACAGCACAAGGUCUCAACUUCUUUGAUUCAACUUCUUUGGCCUGUUCCGUGUAGAACCCAUCUUGGAAAACCUCUCUCUAUGACCCUGGCCACUGUGCUGUAACUCAGUUUCAUGGUGUUACCGAUCUUCUUAUAGCCUACGCCAUCUUUGUGGAGAGCAACAAUUCUAAUUCUCAAAUCCUCAGAGAGUUCUUUGCCAUGAGGUGCCAUGUUGAACAUUCAGUGAUCAGUAUGAGAGAAUUGUACUCAAAGUACCAAAUUUUAACUGCUAAUACAAGAUCCACACAUUUGCAUGGUCCUGUCAAGCAGACAAAAACAUGAACAUGAUGAAUAGGACAUGUGGCUUUGCAUGGUUAAACGACAUGCACCUGUUAUCACUUAGGGUGUACUUAUGUUUGUUGCCAGCUAUUUUGACAGUAAUGGCUGUAUGUUAAGUUAUUUUCAGAGGACAGUAAAUUUAUACUGCUAAACAAGCAGCACAUUGACUACUCUAAAAUAUAUCCAAGUUUCAUUUCUAUACUAUUGUCCCUUCAGAAGAUAUACUAAAAUGGUUGCUGAAAUGUGAGGGGUGUACUCACUUUUGUGAGAUACUGUACAUUUAGGCAAUAUUAUCACAUUUGAUAAGUGAUGUACAGUAUAAUGAACAGUUAAAAACAAUUUUUAGUCAAACAGUCAAAAGCAUGAAAAUGUACCAUGCUUUUACAGAAUUGAAUUUUGGGGGAAAUGUUGUAGAUUCAUGCAAGCUAAUAUAUUAGGGGAGGGAGGAAAUCUCAUGCAUUUUUAUAACACCUAUGGCAGUAGUAUUUCCUAGUUUGUUUACAAAGUUACACUGGUUUUAUAUGUGGUAAUUAUAGUCAUACUAUAAAUACCACAGUUAAACUGGUUACUACAAUUCAGUAAUUCAUUAAUGAUGAAUAUUUUGUACGUUUAUUCUCUAGUGUAAAUACAGUUUGAGGUCUGAGGUUUGAAUGUAUCAUAAAUGUCACUCUUAUAUUUGAAGAAAACGUUGAGGUGUGUUUUGCAUGUGUCCUUUUCUGGUGUAUAGCGAUUGUGAAAAUUCAGGGUUUGUUUUGAUAACACUAGCAAAAAAAUCGACAAUUCUUGGUGUUUAAAAUAGUAAAAUGUAUUUUUUUUUUUUUUUUUUUUUU